AUGAGAGGCAGUAUCGACUAUCGACGACCUUAUGAGCCGAUCAAAGUGCCACGUCUCAAGCCUGAGGAACUUGCUCCUGCGGCUUCGGCCGCCCCCCCUCCUCCUCCUACCCCUCCUCCUCCUCCCACUCCUCCUCCUCCUCCCACUCCUCCUAGUCCUCCUCCUCCUGCUGCUGCUGCUGCGCCGCCUGCGCCUGCACCUGCACCUGCACCUGCGCCCGCUGCUCCAGCCCCCGCCCCCGCUUCCAGGAAGCGGCGAAGAUGUGGGGAAUGUGGAAAUUUCCACAAAGGGGGUUGCUGGCCCCUUUGUGACGCCUGCGGGCGUCGCCACUUAGGCGACUGCCCCCCGCCCCGGCCUGCCAGCCGCCAGCCAGCCGCGGCCCCCCAAGCUCCUCCCGCCCCGCCCCCCUCUACCUCCUCAGCGGGCGCCGUCCUCCCGCCCGCCAACCUGCCCACCAAACCGCCCACCAAGAAGCGCCGCGGUCGGGGCAAGAAGACCAAGAAGGGCAAGGGGGAGGGCCGGGAGGCCGAAAAGAACUGA